UGAAAAAUAAAGAUUUUUAUUAAAUUUAAAAUUUUUUUAAUGAAUUUUUUUCUUUGUUAAAAGAAUACUUGAGCUUUUGCCGUAGCAUUACCGUUGAGGUCAGUCAACUGAAAAGAGCCCAUACGACCAGAAAUGGCGAAGACACCAAUCUUCUCCCUCUUCCAGACCAUCUCAUUUCUCCUCGUCAUCCAAUCACCUUUUGCCACGUCACACCCUCUAAACCCCCUCCCAAUCAUCCUCUCCGUCACUGACUUUGGAGCCUCCGGCGACGGCCUCAGCUACGACACCACAGCCAUUCAGUCCACCAUCGACGCCUGCCCCGAUGGACGCCCCUGUCGCGUCACCUUCCCUGCGCCGGGAAAGUACCUGACUGCCACCGUGUUCCUGAAGUCCGGCGUAGUGCUGAACGUGGAGCCCGGCGCCACCGUGCUUGGAGGAACUAGGCUGGAGGACUACCCGGAGGACUCGUCGCGGUGGUACGUGAUAUUGGCGGAGAACGCAUCGAACGUGGGGAUCGAAGGUGGCGGAGCGGUGGACGGACAGGCGGGGAAAUUCGUCGUGAGGGAGGAUCCGAGGAAGAACGUAAUGGUGAGCUGGAACCAGACAGGAGCGUGCUCCGGCGACGAGUGCCGGCCUCGGUUGAUCGGUUUUGUUGAUUGCAACCACGUUAGGGUUUCCAACAUUUCCCUCAACCACCCUGCUUAUUGGUGCUUGCACAUGGUACGAAGUAACAACAUAAGAAUUGAAGAUGUUGGAAUUUACGGAGACUUCAAUAUUCCAAACAACGAUGGCAUUGACAUAGAUGACUCAAACAACACAAUAAUCAAUAGAUGCCACAUUGAUACAGGAGAUGAUGCAAUAUGUCCAAAGUCUUCCACUAGCCCCGUUUACAACCUCACUGCCACCAAUUCUUGGAUUCGAACCAAAUCCUCUGCAAUCAAACUUGGAAGUGCUAGUUGGUUUGAUUUCAAGCACUUUGUCUUUGAUAACAUCACUAUUGUAGAUUCUCAUAGAGGACUUGCCUUCCAGAUUCGUGAUGGAGGAAAUGUAAGCGACAUUGUAUUCUCAAACAUAAACAUCAGCACAAGAUACUAUGAUCCAUUAUGGUGGGGGAGAGCAGAACCUAUCUAUGUCACUACUUGUCCUCGUAGUGCAACCUCAAAGGAGGGUUCAAUCUCAAACAUACUCUUCAUUAACAUCACUGCAAAUGCUGAAAAUGGCAUCUUUUUAUCCGGGUCAAAGAGAGGGUUGUUAAGGAAUUUGAGAUUCAUCAACAUGAAUGUCACCUAUAGAAGGUUCACAAGUUAUGAAGGUGGGUUGUGGGACUAUAGGCCAGGGUGCCAAGAAUUAGUGAAACACAACACUGCUGGAAUGAUGAUGGAACACAUUGAUGGUCUUGAGGUUAAUAAUGUAGAAAUGAGAUGGUCAAAUGAACAAGAACAACUUGAUCAGUGGAAUAAUCCUUUGGAGUUUAGGCCUUCUACUGUGAAUAAUGUCAGUUUUAUUCAUUUUAAUUCUGGUUUCUACACAAAUAGCAAAUCAAGUUCAUGAUUUUUAGGGUCUUCGAAAGGAUAAAGAUCCAAAGCACAUUGCAGAUUUGGUUGAGGAGCAUUUGCUGCAAAUUGAGAACAUGUAACAUUCAGAAAUUUGUGAUUGAAAGGCAGUGAUGUAUAAUUUUACUGUCCAUAUAUAUCAAUGUUAUUUUAUUUUC